AUGGCCAUUCACACAGAACAACCAGAUCGUCAUCUUCACGACGCGCUCACUCCGUCGGGUUCCGAUUCCACCUGUACCGGCAACGAGCUACACAAUAAAUCGACCGAAGAUCAGGCCGACGACCAUGAUCCCGAGGCACUGACUCGGCUGGAAACUGCCCAGUCAACACUCAAACCUCCUUCAGUUCUCUGGAAGGAGAUUGUCUUCAUUGCUGUAGUAUGUAUGGCUCAGUUCAUGACACAGGCUGGCCUGUGCAUGUCAAUCGCGCCUGCACAUAUCAUUGGCGACAGCUUCGGCACCACCAAUGCGGGCGAGCUGAGCUGGUUUGCCGCAGCCUACAGCUUGACGGUCGGCACAUUCAUUCUGGUGGCUGGUCGGCUCGGUGAUGUGUAUGGCCAUCGUCUCAUGUUUAUCAUCGGCUUCUCCUGGUUCGGACUGUGGUCGCUCCUCGCUGGGUUCAGUGUAUGGUCCAACAAGGUGUUCUUCGAUUGCUGCCGGGCCCUGCAGGGUAUCGGCCCAGCCAUGCUGCUUCCGAACGCCAUUGCGAUUUUCGGCCGAGCAUACCCUCCCGGUCUGCGGAAAGAGAUGAUCUUUAGCUGUUUCGGGGCCACUGCUCCAGGAGGAUUCAUUGUUGGUGGAGUAUUCUCAUCAAUCUUUGCUCAGCUCGUCUGGUGGCCUUGGGCUUAUUGGGUGAUGGGCAUGGUGUGUUUUGUGCUAUCCGUGCUAGGCCUGCUGGUUAUCCCCAACGCGCGUCGGCCACAAUUCAAGGAUGAUCUUUCGACAUGGGCUCGUCUAGACGUUCUUGGAGCAAUGACCGGUAUUUUGGCACUGGUUCUCAUCAACUUUGCCUGGAACCAAGCAGCGCUGGUAGGAUGGCCGACGCCAUAUACAUACAUUCUCCUCCUCAUUGGGUUCGUCUUCUUCGGGAUCUUUCUCUUCGUUGAACGAUCGGCUCCGUGUCCGUUGAUUCCCCGAUCCGUCCUGACUGGUGAUCUGGCAUGGGUGCUCGGCUGCAUCGCUGCUGGCUGGUCCAGUUUCGGGAUUAUCAUCUAUUAUUUCUAUCAGUUCAUGGAGGUGAUCAAGGAAGACUCGCCUUUACUUGCUACAGCCAAAUGGUCUGCUGCUGCGCCGUCGGGGGCAGUUGCGGCCCUUGUGACUGGCUUCCUUCUCGGUCGGUUACCUCCGAGUGUCAUCAUGUUCUGCGCCAUGUGCUUCUUCACCGUCGGCCAGGCCCUCUUUGCGACUGUUCCUCUACAUCAAACAUAUUGGGCACAGGCCUUCGUGGUCAGCUUGAUCACUUCAUGGGGAAUGGACAUGUCUUUUCCAUCAGGCACUUUGAUCCUGAGUAACUCCAUGCAUCAUCACCACCAAGGUCUUGCAGCCUCUCUGGUCACCACUACAGUGAACUAUUCCAUCUCGCUCGGUUUGGGAUUCGCUGGUACUGUGGAGUCAAAUGUGAACAAUGAAGGAAUGGACGUGCUGCGAGGCUAUCGUGGAGCGUUGUAUUUGGGUAUUGGAUUCGCCGGCCUAGGGUUGGUGGUCUCGGUGUUCUUCAUGCUUGUCAGUUGGAAGCGAUACCGGAAGGACAAGUCUUCUGCUUGA